UUUCCCAACGCCGGACAGGGCUGUGGGGAUGGGGCUGGGCGGGGGAAUUACUGAGAGCCCAGCGAUCCCUGGGGGGCAGGAACAGCGGGGGGGGCAUUGACACCCCGACACUGGCUCCCCCGGCGAACUGCCCCCGCCAGGCCCAACCCCGCCAGCUCCGAGCCCUGUGGGGGGGGGCUGGGACUUUCAGAGCAAUUUGCUCCGCCCCACCCAGCCCGGGCCACCGACCGGGACUUUCACUUCCAGCUACUUUGUUACUUUCAGUUUUGAAGCGCGGGGAGGCCCAGGCGGGGGGCCUUGGCCCUUUCAAUUCAGCUACAAAUUCACACACAUAACGAGGGCGGGUCCGGUCUCCAACCCUCCGGCUCCGUGACCCCGUGUGCGGAACCGGGGCUGCAGCCUCGACCAAGCUACGAUGACGGGGAAGGUUCCCUCAUUCUCCCCCGGCUCCACAGUGAGCUCCGCUCUACCUGGCUACGUCGCUCUCUGCCUCACUCUACAGGUCCACAGGCUGGCAUCAGCACAGUUCACAGUGACAGGACCUGACCAUCCAAUCACUGCCUCCCUAGGUGGGGAGGCCAUCCUGCCCUGCCACCUCUCCCCCAGGAUAAGCGCUGAAAACAUGGAGCUGAGAUGGUUCCGAUCCCAGUUCUCUGCAGCGGUGCACCUGUACCGUGAUGGACAGGAUCAGUACGGACAGCAAAUGCAGGAAUAUCGAGGAAGAACUGAGCUCUUGAAAGAUGACAUCACCAAUGGGAGAGUUUCCUUGAGAAUAAGCAAUAUCCGACCCUCCGACGAUGGGCAUUACGUGUGUUUUUUUAAGUCCAGUGUCUUUUAUGAAGAUGCUAUAUUGGAACUGCAGGUGGCAGGUUUGGGCUCUGCUCCUGUCAUCUCUGUGGAGAGACAUCAGGAUGGAGGGAUCCGGGUUGUGUGUCGAUCAGCCGGAUGGUACCCACAGCCCAAGGCUCAGUGGAGAGAUCUCCAGGGGCAGCUCUUACCAUCGGCUUCUGAAAAAAUAUCCCAAGAGGCUGAUGGCCUGUUUCAAACAGAGAUUGCCAUUGUUAUAACAGAAGAAUCCAACCAGAAAGUGUCCUGCUGUGUCAGGAACCCCCGACUCAAUCAGGAGAGAGAGUCAGCGAUUUCCAUAGCAGAGCUGUUUUUCCCAAGAGUAAAUCCCUGGAUGGUGGCUCUGGGUGUGAUCCUGGCUGUUCUCAUUGGCUUGGCCAGUUACUGCUUCUGGAGGCAACACAGAGAGAAAGAGACUCUGCGAUCUGAACUGGAGAACGAGAAAGCGGCGCAUCGUGCAGAGAAAGAGACUCUGCGAUCUGAACUGGAGAGCGAGAAAGAGACGCUGCGAUCGGAACUGGAGAGCGAGAAAGCGGCGCAUCGUGCAGAGAAAGAGAUGCUGCGAUCUGAUCUGGAGAGACAGAAAGAGACGCUGCGAUCUGAACUGGAGAGCGAGAAAGAGAGGCUGCAAUCUGAACUGAAGAGCGAGAAAGAGAAGCUGCAAUCUGAACUGGAGAGCGAGAAAGCGGCGCAUCGUGCAGAGAAAGACAAACUCCAGGCUGAGCUCAGGUGGAGAAGCGCCCAGAUCUACUCAGCGAAUGUGACUCUGGAUCCAGACACGGCUCAUCCCCAACUCGUCCUGUCUGAGGGUGGGAAAAGUGUGAUACGGGGAGACACGCGGCAGCGACUGCCCAACAACCCUGAGAGAUUUGACACUGAGCUCUGUGUGCUGGGCUGUGGGGGAUUCACCGCGGGGAGACAUUGCUGGGAGGUGGAGGUGGGGGGUGAGGGAUCCUGGGCUGUGGGGGUGGCCAGAGAGUCUGUGAGGAGGAAGGGAGGGAUCAGCCGUAGCCCUGAGGGGGGGAUCUGGGCUGUGGAGUGGUGGGAGGAUCAGUUCCUGGCUCUCACCUCCCCUGUGACCCCCCUGCCCCUGAGCCGGGCCCCCAGCAGGAUCCUGGUUUUUCUGGACUGUGGCCGGGGGCAGGUGACAUUUAUCGAUGCUGCUGACGAGGCCCCGAUCUUCACUUUCCCGCCGGGCUCCGUCCCUGAGGAGAGAAUCCGCCCCUGGCUCUGGGUUGGGGGGGUCCCGGCUCCGCCUGUGUCCCUGAGCCCCACAGCAGAGGGGGGAAGCGGAAAUCAGCCUCUCUAGCCUCAUGGACCCCAGUCUCUAUGACCUUGGAAGACUCCCAUCUAGCUAGCCCCUGGCCCCUCAUCUCUAUGAGCCCUGGAAGCUCCUCCCCCUCCCUCCCUGCAGCCCCAGGCAUGGGAGGGGGAGGAACCCCUGGGGCUGCAGGAGGGGCAGAGGGGCCCUGAGGGGCAGAGGCGGGGGCUGGGCAGGGGGCAGAACUAACAGCCGGGCUGGGGACAGGCAGAGGUGGGGGCUGGGCAGGGACCCAGCACGAAUCAAUCAGGGGUUGGGGGGCUGGGGAGAAGCAGCAGGGAGCGGUUUGUACAGAUGUGUCCUUAGAUCCCAUUGGGGUCUCCCAGCCUGGGAUCAGCAAUUGGGGAAGGGAUAAAAUCAGGGAAAGAAGAGAGCAGCCAAGGGGGAUGAUCUGUGACCGGGAGGAGAGACACAGGAAAAUAACCAGGGCUGCAAAGUGAGGGCUAGAACAAUAAUGAAUAGAAAAGGAGAGUAGGAAAGGAAAGGGAACGUGAGCAGGACGGGGAGAUUUAUGACGUGUUACUGAAAUUGAGACUGUCACUCAUUAAUUCCCUAUAUUAAUUCCUGGCCAUUGGUGCUAUUUUAGUGCCCUAAAGGAAACUGUUCUCAGUAGCUGGGGAUCUCCUGGCCAGGCUCCUGUGGUCAUUAAAGCUCCUUCUUAGCUCCUUUUACUUUGCUAUUUUGCAGCUACUUACUGUAAAUAAACCCUUACAAACAA